GGAGAAAUCUGCUCUCAGGCCUCCAGGGGUCAGUGCCAGUUCUAUACCACCUCCCUCGGUCAUCUCCCUUUCUUCCAGCCUUCUUUCUACCCUAGCUAGUCAAGGGAGUGUACUCGGCUCCGAUUUUUAAGGUCCUGUCCUGGGAGACUAACGCACCUGGCCACGCCCACACGGAGAAGAGUGGGAGAACCGUUUGGUUCUCCCUGCCCACCUUUGUGACCACUCAGACCCGAGGCCCAUAAUUGAAAACGCUCACGUUGCCGGGUCUAGUCCUCGCGGUAGCGCGCUCUCCACCCGGCAGGCGGCGCUGUGGGCUGGCGGGCUGUGUCCGCCCAGCGAUCCGGUCUGGGAGGCCCGUGCGGCCGCCACCGCCGCACGUGCAGCCGCUGCUGGCCGUGGUGGCUCCGCUUCGCCAGAAGCUGCGGCCGGGCGGCGGCCAUGGCGACGACUGCCGCGGGGACGCCCGUGUUCCUGGAGGUGCGGACACAGCUGCGGAGCGCGCUGCUGAUCCUGGGGGAGCCUAAAGAAGGAGGUACGCCCAUGGAUAUUUCUAUAACACCAUCAUCACUCCAGGUGAAGACCCCUGCAGACUGCACAGAGCUCCGGCUUCCAGCAGAGGUCAGGCUUGUACCUUCCUCUUGCCGAGGGCUGCAGUACGUGGCUGGAGAUGGGCUGCACCUGCGGCUGCAGGUGUGGGCAGAAUCCAACGCCAAACUGAUUUCCAUGUUUAAUCAAAGCUCACAAGCCCGAGAAUGCUGUACAUUUUAUUGCCAGUCCUGCGGUGAAGUCAUAAUAAGGGACAGGAAGCUCCUCAGGGUGCUCCCAUUGCCGAGUGAGAACUGGGGAGCUCUAGUUGGAGAAUGGUGUUGUCAUCCUGACCCCUUUGCUAAUAAGCCACUUCAUCCACAAGAGAAUGACUGUUUUAUUGGAGACUCUUUCUUCUUGGUGAAUUUAAGAAGUGAUUUAUGGCAGCCAAGACCUGAACUAGCCCCAGUGGAGACACACUGUCUUUCUUCUGAGAACCAUUUUAAAUUGAAACCAAAGGCAAAUACCAAAGUAAUUUGUAAGCGUUGCAAGGUAAUGUUGGGAGAGACCAUGUCAUCAGAAACCACCAAGUUUUAUAAGACAGAGAUAAUUAUUCAGCCAUCUGAAAGAAAUUUUCCCAUCAUACCAAGGUCCCAGUUUGUACAGAGUGUUAUCGCCCAGUGUCUGGUGGAACUCUCCACUGCAAGAAGCACUUUUAGAUUCACUAUUCAAGGUCAUGACAGCAAAGUGUACAUCUUGCUAUGGCUUUUAAACUCAGACAGUUUGGUGAUUGAAUCUUUGGGAAGUUCCAGAGGUAUCACAAAAUUCCCCCUGUUGGAAGACAUCUUAAAGGCAGAUUCCAGUUCUGCCUGGAAUGCUGUCAAGGUCCUCUACCAGCCAUGCGUCAAAAGCAGGAAUGAAAAGCUUUCCAGUGCAUGGGAAAGUGACAUCAGCAUCCACACUCUAACCCUGCCCUCUGCAACCUGCUUAGAGCUGCUGCUGAUAUUAUCCAGGAACAACGCCACGCUACCUCCAUCGCUUCGCUAUAUGAAUUCCUUUCAGGUUCUUCCCUCAUCACUUUGACCCUCCUCUGGAUUUUUAUCAGGACAUGGUCACAGUAAGACAAACAGGACAGAACAGCAUAUGUGGUCUGAUCAACAGGAAGACCUCCUUCCUAGUAGGCAGCUAAUUGUCAAUGAGGUGGCAAAUGAGAGUUAAGGUGUUAACUAGUUGCUUAAGUUAUCCCGUAGCUACUGAAUGUAACAUUGAACUUAUCUAUGACUCUUGACAAUGGAAAAAUACUCAUAAGCUCUCUGAGGCUUGUGAGAUGGCCACGUGCAUUGCUGAGAAAUGAGUAAACAUGGGUUGGCUCUACCUCUGAAGUAUUGUGGCUGUAUCCUAAGAUAACUUCAGGAUCAGUGUAUAUUGCUUGAUAUACCUCUGGUAAAACAAGAUGUGGAUUUUCCUAUGAAGUAUACCUCAGGAAAUUGUUUGUAAAAAUUGCUCCAAGGGAAUGCUUCCAAACUCAUUUUACAAGGCCAGCAUCCCCCUGAUACUAAAACCAGACAAGAAUACCACUAGAAAAGAAAAUUAUCGGUCGAUAAUCCUGAUGAACAUAGAUUCAGAAGUCCUCAACAAAAUAUUAGCAAACCAAAUUCAACAUACAUUAAAAGGAUCAUACACAUGACCAGAUGGCAUUUCUUCCAGGGUUGCAAGGAUGGUUCAGCAUCUGCAAAUCAGUGUUAAUACACCACAUUAACAAAAUGAAGGAUAAAAAUUAUAUGAUCAUUCAAUAGAUUUAGAAAAAGCAUUUGACAAAAUUCAACAUCCAUUUAUGAUAAAAACUCUCAAUAAAGUGUGUAUAGAGGGAACAUAUCUCAAGAUAAUAAAGGCCAUAAUAUGGCAAGCGCACAGCUAACAUUAUACUCAAUGAUAAGAUCAGAAAUAAGAUAGCGAUGCUCACUGUCCCCUCCCCACCCACCCACUAUGUUCAACAUAGAAUUGGAAGUCCUAGCCAAAGCAGUUAGGCAAGAGAAAGAAAUAAGAAGGAUCCAAAUUAGAAAGGGAAAGAAGUAAAACUAUUUGCAGAAGAUAUAUCACAUAGAGAAAAUCCUAAAGAGUCUACCAAAAACUGGAAGAAUUAGUUGCGGGAUACAAAAUCACUAUACAAAAAUCUGUUGUGUAUCUAUAUACUGAUAACAAACUAUCAGAAAGAGAAAUUAAGAAAACAAUCCCAUUUCCAAUUGCAUCAAAAAGAAUAAAAUACCUAGGAAUAAAUUUGGUCAAGGUAAACGACCUAUAUACACUGAAAGCUCUAAGACAUUAAUGAAAGUAAUUGAAAAAGAAAUAAAUGAGCAGAUAUUUUGUGCUCAUGAAUGGGAAGAAUUGAUAUUGUUAAAAUAUCCAUACCACCCAGUGCAACCUACACAUUCAAUACAACCCCUGUCAAAAUUCCAACGACAUUUUUCACAGAACUAGACAAAGAAUUCUUAAAUUUGUGUGGAAUCACAAAGGACCCUGAAUAGCCAAAGUAAUCUUGACAAAUAAGAACAAAGCUAGAAGUAUUAUACUUCUGAUUUUAAACUAUAUUACAAAGUUAUAGUAAUCAAAACAGACACAUAGAUCAGUGGAACAGGAGAGAGAGUCCAGCAAUAACCCAUGUAUAUAUGAUCAAUUAAUUUAUGACAGAGAAGCCAAAAAUAUACAAUGGGAAAGUCUCUUCAAUGAAUGAAAUGUAAUAUGGGGACAGUCUCUUGAGUGAAUGUUGGGAGAACUGGACAGCCACAGCAAAAGAAUGAAACUGGACCAUCUCAAAACUCAAAAUGGAUUAAACACUUGAAUGUAAGGCCUGAAACCAUAAAACUCCUAGAAGAAAACAUAGCCAGUAAGUUCCUUGACAUUGGUCUUUGUGAUGGAUGGUUUGUCUUUUUUUUUUUUUGAGAGAGAGUGAAUGUGAGCAGAGGAGGGGCAGAGGGAGAGGGAUAGAGAGAAUCUUAACCAGGUUCAACACCCAGCAUGGACACAGGACUCAAUCUCACAACCAUGAGAUCAUGACCUGAUCUGAAAUCAGGAGUCAGAUGCCCAACUGACUGAGCCACCCAGGCACCCCAGUGAUGAUUUUUUCAUCUGACACCAAAAGCAAAAAUAAACAAGGGGAUCUACAUUAAACUGAAAUGCUUCUGCACUGUAAAGGAAACCAUCAACAAAAUGAAAAGGUAACCUAACUAAAUGGGAGAAAAUAUUUGCAAAUCAUAGAUCUGGUUAAUAUCCAAAAUAUAUAAAUAAUUCAUACAGCUCAGUAGCAAAAAAACCCACUCUAAUUAAGAAAUGGGCAAAAAGUCUGAACAGACAUGUUUCCACAGAAGUCAUAUGGAUGGCCAACAGGUACAUGAAAAGAUGCUCAGCAUCAAAAGUCUUCAAUAAAUUUCAUAUUAAAAAAAUAAAAAUAAAUUAAAAUUAAAAUAAAAAAAUAACUUCAAAAGUCUUCAGAGAAAUGCAAAUUGAAACUACAAUGAGCUAUCAUCUCACACCUGUUAGGAUGGCUAUCAUCAAAAAUAUAAGAAAGAACCAAGUGUUGGCAAGGAUGUGGAGAAAAGGGAACCCUUAUGCACUGUUGGUGGAAUUGUAUAUUGGUGUAGCCACUGUGGAAAACGGAAACCUGUUGGCCGAAAAUUUAAAAACAGAACUACCAUAUGAUCCAGCAAUUCCACUACGGGGUGUUGAUCCAAAGACAAUGAAAACAUUAACUCAAAAAGAUAUAUGCAUCCCCAUGUUCAUUGCAGCAUUAUUUACAAUAGCCAAGAUAUGGAAACAAACUAAUGGUCCAUCUGUGGAUGAAUGGAUAAAGAAGUUGUGGGGUAUGUAUGCAAUUCAACCAUUAAAAAAGAAUAUAACUCUAUUGUUUGUGACAACACGGAUGGACCUAGAGGGGAUUAUGCUAAGUGAGAUAGAGAUAGACAAAUACCAUAUGAUUUCAUUUAUAUGUGGAUUAUAAAAGACAAAACCCAAACCAAAGAUAACCAACCUCAUGGGUACAGAGAGGGCAAACUGGGUGGAGGUGAUCAAAAGGUACAAAGUUCCAGGUAUAAAAUAGGUAAGUCCUGGGGAUAUAGUAUACAGUGUAGUGACUAUAGUUAAUAAUACUAUAUUGCAUAUUUGAAAGAUGCUAACAGAUUAGAUCUUAAAAGUUCUCAUCACAAGAAAAAAAAUUUUUUGUAACUGGGAUGGUGAUGGAUGUUAACUAGACUUAUUGUGAUGAUCAUUUUGCAAUGUAUAUAAAUACGAAAUCAUGUUUUACACCUGAAACUAAUAUAAUGUUACAUGUCAAUUAAACCUCAAUUAAAAGUAUUUUUUAAAUAACUGCUCCAUUCUAAUUCACAACCAUAUUCUCCUUGU